GAGAGGAGCAACAACCACACCAACAGGAGAAACAGCAGCAAGAGUACUUGAAUGAAUCAAUGCCAUCUUACGCUCAACCCAAUGAUCAAUCUAGCGGUCAAUCUAGUGGUCAGCCCAGUGGUCAACCCAGUGAAUGUAAUCCGUAUGAAUCAGAACACCUCGCCUCGGAGCAACAUAUUCGAGAUCAACAACAUAUGCAACUUCCAGUAGAGGGCCAUUCCUAUCAAUAUAUCCAGCAACCUACCCAUCAACACCUUCAACAGCGUUCUCCAAAACAGACUCCCUGCGUACAACAGCAGCUCCAGCAAUACCAUAAUCAAACACCACGCACUAUCGAGUACAUCAAUCCUGUAGUAGCCCAAGUCCACCCAACCCUGAUCCGCGACUCAUCCGAGCCCUCCUUGGUGUACGCGUCGGUCCAAAAUGACGGCUCCAAUUCUGCCUCAUUGAGUACUGCGGCAGAGCCUCCAGUCAUAGCAGGCGCAUCCACCGGUAGCUGCGACUCUUCUAUACUUGGAUCCAUCUUCAAACAAAAGUAUCGCCGACGUGCCUCCUCCGUUUUUGGCUGGGACUCUGAUGAUGAUUAUGAACUAGAUAUUGCCGCCGCUAAAGCCGCCGCCCCCGAAUCCGUCAACCACCCUCUUAACAAUGAAAAGAGUCCCUGGCUGCGAAACGAGAAUCGGAAACGGAAGAAGGUUCAGAAAUGUGUCUGUCUAGGAGUUAUUCUAGUCUUUGUAGCCUUCGUCAUCGUUCUAUUGUUCUGCUUCAAGGAGGAGAUCUUCCGCACGCUACCCAAAGGCGAACGUCCAAGGAAGGGCUUUGAUGGACCACCGCGGCCGAUCGAGGAGGUGUACGCUGUCAACAAGACCAUCACUCCGGAUCCUCGCCUUGGCAAGGUUUUCUACGGGAUCGACUACACUCCUGGAGGUGCCCAGGAACCAGACUGCUCGGUUAACCUCGGCAAUGUAAUUGAGGACAUGAAGUUGCUGUCGCAGUUAACCAGUCGCGUCCGAAUGUACGGCUUGGGUUGCCACCAGACUGAGGCAGUCCUGAAGGCCAUGGAUUAUUUGGGACUGCUAGACAUGCAGAUCAUCGUGACCCUCUGGGUUGACUCUAACCGCACCUACUGGGAACAGCAACAGAACAUCUUUUGGAGCCUCAUCGACAACGACCUGACAAAGGAUACCGGUUACGUCGGUGCAAGCGAUUUGAAUCAACAAGACCCCAAAGCGGCCGCUUCCGCAAAGAUUUCCAAGGUGGUAUCGAGGAUCAUUGGUAUAUCCGUCGGUAAUGAAGUCCUGUUCCGUAACGAGGAUAAGAAUAACGUUAACGAACAGGUUCCUGCGUCGGUACUGGAGGGCUACAUCAAUUCUAUCCGGCAGGGCCUUGCAUCGAGGGCGAAUGCAGCUACACCGUCUCCCAAUUCUGAUGUGGUAGCGUUGGGUCAACACUUGGCCCGAAUUCCAGUGUUCUCGUCGGAUCUGGGCCGUAAUGCGGACCAAAUUGUGAACAGCGUUGACUGGGUGAUGUCGAACAUUCAUCCCUUCUUUGCCUACACAGCUGUCAAUCAGGCUGCGACCUGGGCAUUUACGAACUUUAAGAACGAGACCGUGAAAGUAGCCGCAGGAAAAUCCGCAGUGAUCUCGGAGAUCGGAUGGCCAAGUGGGCCUUCCACUGCAAACUUGGGACCUGCUGUGCCUUCAAUCCAGAAUCUGCAGACAUUUCUCGACACUUGGGUCUGUCAGGCCAACAAACGCAACAUUCCAUACUUUUACUUUGAGGCCUUUGAUGAACCCUGGAAGCGCGUCCAAAAUCCUCGUGAGGCCCAGUGGGGCAUCAUGACCCCCGACAGGCAGCUGAAGGUCACCAUUCCAACCUGCUAGAUCUGCAUGGUUUUGCACUAAAGCGCAAAGACCGAAAGACGCUAUAACCUUAAGUUUACUUUCGUACCAUCUGUAGUAUGCUUUCUAUAAAACCAUGCUUGCCGAAGCACAUCUAGAAACAUAUAUGGCCUAAUAAAGCCUCCGGGGAGAGACUCCGGAUCUUUAUGGUUCACUAGAUAUCUAUCUGACUUGCAUGGUCUCGGGAGAAAAAAAAAA